AUGGCCACCGACGAUUUCGUCGCAAGUUCCCACAUCCUCCAUCGGACUUUCUCCGAGCACCCCGUCAAAAUUGUAGGCGGCAACGGCAUCCACCUAAUCCUUGAAGAUGGCAAGAAAAUCAUCGAUGCCACCUGCGGCCCCUCCGUAUCCUGCCUUGGCCACACCCAGCCCGAGGUCGUCGAAGCGAUCACCAAUCACCUCAACAACAACAUCGCCUACGUUUACUCCGGCUCCCCCUUCACCAACGCCGCUACCGAGGAGCUUGCCGAUCUUCUCCUCGCCGAUAAGCCCGGCGGCUUAUCUAAGGCUAUCUUUGUUAAUUCCGGCAGCGAGGCAACUGACGCCGCUCUAAAGCUGGCUGUGCAGUAUUGGCAUGAGCGUGGCCAGCCCCAGCGCACCCAUGUCAUCGCCCGCAAACAGAGCUACCACGGCAAUACUAUCGGCGCCCUGUGUGUCUCGGGCCAUGAGUCGCGACGAGAAUUCUACAAGGACUUCAUGUCGCCGAAUGUGUCGUUUGUGGAUCCUUGCUAUGAUUACCGCAUGAAGGCGAAGACAGAAUCGGUCGAGGAUUUCGUGCAGCGCUUGGCGCGUCAGUUCGAAGAUGAGAUUCUUCGCGUUGGUCCCCAUCGCGUUGCCGCCUUCAUUGCCGAGACCGUUAGUGGCACUACCCUUGGCUGCUUGCCCGCUGUGCCGGGCUACUUCAAAGCUAUCCGCGCCAUUUGCGACAAGUAUGAAGUCUUGUUGAUUUUGGAUGAGGUUAUCUGCGGUAUGGGAAAAACUGGCACUAUGCACGCGUGGGAGCAGGAGGAUAUCCGUGGCCCCGAUAUCCAGACUAUCGGCAAGGCCCUCGGCGCAGGUUUCGUUCCUCUCUCGGGCGUCCUGCUCCACCAGAAAAUCUUCGACGCUUUGGCCGCCGGCUCUGGUGGUCUUGCCCACGGACACACUUUCCAGGCCCAUCCACUCGCAUGCGCCGCAGCUGUCGCCGUCCAGAAGAUAAUCAAGCGUGAUAAUUUGCUUGAGAAAGUCAUGCGAAGUGGAGCCAAGAUGUAUGGGAUUCUUACAACACAGCUCGGACCUCUUCCGUUUGUUGGCGAUAUCCGUGGCCGGGGCCUCUUCUGGGCUGUUGAGUUUGUCCUCGACAAGAAGGAGAAGACUGCCUUUGCGCGAGAGGAUGACUUUUGUGGUAAGGUUGUGCGGAAUGCUCGGGAAAUGGGCUUGAACAUUAUCGGUAACCUGGGCCACACUGGUGAGUACCAAGUUGAUCACGUCCUGAUCUGUCCGGCCUAUACGAUCACGGACUUUGAACUUUUGGAAAUGUGUUCAAUUCUGCGAAAUGCUAUUGCGAAGACGAGUGGGGAGUAUCUUGCUGAGUGGCUCAAGAAGACUUGA